AUGGCCGCCAUGGCCGAGCUCGACCGCGCGCCAAGGCCGGGCCACUGCGGGGAUAGGCGGGGAGCCACGCCGGGGGGGAACGGGGCCACGCUGCUGGGACAGGGCGGGACGCCGAGGGCACAGGCCGUGCCGGACCGAGCGCCGCCGCGCGCAGGGAGGGGCCGGGGCGGGCGGACCCGGGCGCCGCGGCCGCGCCGGGGGCGAGGCUGGCGCGCCGCGACCGGGGCAGUGGUGGUUGCAUCCAUGGACUGGCCACAAGUCACAACAUAUAAAGCUCUGGUCUCGGCACAAGCACACAGGGAAGAGAUUAUACAAAAUCUCGGCGGAAUGAUAAGGGAGUUGCUGAUUUCGUUCAAUAAGAGGGCUGGCAAAAAGCCCAAAAGGAUUAUAUUUUACAGGGAUGGAAUAAGUGAAGGACAAUUCAACCAUGUUUUGCUCCUUGAAAUGGACACGGUAAGGAAGGCUUGUGCCUCUCUGGAAGAUGGGUAUCUACCCCCAGUGACAUUUGUCAUAAUACAGAAAAGGCAUCACACAAGGCUCUUCCCUGGAGUUCAUGGAAGGAGAGAUGUUACUGACAGAAGUGGGAACAUUCUUCCUGGAACUGUGGUUGAUACCGAGAUUUGUCAUCCGCGGGAGUUUGAUUUCUACCUUUGUAGCCAUGCUGGAAUCCAGGGAACCAGUAGGCCAAUACACUAUCAUGUCCUCUACGAUGAAAACCGUUUCUCGGCUGAUGGGCUGCAGAUACUCACAAACAGCCUGUGCUACACAUACGCACGAUGCACGCGCGCUGUCUCAGUUGUUCCACCAGCCUACUACGCUCACCUGGCAGCAUUCCGCGGGAGGUACUACAACGAACAAGGUAGCCCCGCCCCCGAUGGAACCUCAGUUGUCGGUGGCGAUGCCGCUGCAGCCGGCGAUGAUCCACCUGCGUGCCGCAGGCUCCCCCAGAUCAAGGAGAAUGUGAAGGAAGUGAUGUUCUUCUGCUAG